AUGUCGCUACUUAGUGUUGGAACAGAAGAUGAGGAGGCCUUCGAGGACGUCCCGAUCGAUGCUCCAGUGACACUUCGUCCUGAAACGCACAACGUCGAAGGCGGGGCCGACUGCCAUGGAAGGGCUCCCACAAUGACCAUCAAGCUGGUUCGUGUUGAUCGCCCCCUUAAGGUGCGCGUCCUAAUUGUCGUUUUUAUCGUUCAUUUAGCUGGGUCUGGGGGACCUCACUGCGAGAAUAUUUUAUUCUUUCAAUUGCUAACGUAAUGAGGACGUUGUCCAUAGAGCAUGCCUAACAAAAUCUUGUGCUUCCAUGGCCCCAUGAAGGAAAAAACUAAUUGGCACGGUACGAGCCUACGCGAGGGACUUCAGGGAUUUACUAUUCCCCUAUAAGGUAAAGUACCCAGUUGAAUCUGGGUUAAAUCCGUGGUCCUUCAUAGUCCAGUGUUGUGGUGGUUUCUCCGAUAGCAGGAAAUAAACUUGAUUUGCUUAUUUCGAGUAUACUUGUCCUCGACAAAGGUAUUUUUGAGAACAUCUUUUAGAUCACUAGAUUUGGAUACUCCUACUGACCUGUUAUUCCUCUAAUGCAACCGAUCCUGACACUUAUUUCAGCCUCGCGAAUUUUGUAAGUGCAGAUCCAACGAGACAGGUUAUUUUAGCUGUCGUUAACACUGAAAGCUAUCACUGCCUUGGGAAUACGGUCUUCAAUAUGAAAACGUCAGAACCCACAGAGGGGUUUAGUCAAAUCUUUGCAGUACCAAGGACUUUUAUGCAAUUAUAUGAGAGGGUUUCUCCGCAUAACCUGUCAGAUUAAAAAUAAAGACUUGUAAUUCGCUGACCCAUUUCGGAAUUAGUCUCAAAAACUUAUUUGAAAAAAACUGCCUUUUUGUCUUUCAUCGCGUCUCAAGAUACCGCCUCGAAUCUGACUUGAAGCUGUCUCAGUGGAGUAUAGGGUUUUCUGAAGUAGUUAUAUUUGCUUGACUACAUUUCGCCACCUGUCAUUCCCACCAUACCACUUUGUGCUGGGGGGGAACAAGCUUUUCACCUGCAUCCAGAGCAGGCACAUUGGAUUCUCAGGGAAGUUCGCAGGUCAUUCUAUUAUAAAAAUACAGGCAUCUUUAACCUAAUUCGUUCUCGGUGCCAAUAAGUCAUACUAUAUACAAUGGUAGGGGGCGCUCACCGAUCGUUCUUACGGAAAUCACUCGUUCCGUUGUGCCUUACGGGCUCUCUCUCGAACCCAACCAGCAGCCACACAACGGCGCAUGAUAUAGGCAGAAUAGCAUUGCCGAAAAAUACAAGGGAGACUGGAGUGGCCAUUUCUGGCUUAUUAGCCGUCGUCAGCCAGUCAUACCUAACCCCGAAGUGUGGAACACCUGAGGCUCGAACUCGAGUUCAACCGGUAAAUAAAAUGCUAUUAGACCAAGAUUAGCAGGGGUUUAGUUUAGAGUUUUGACAGAGAAUUUUAUAGCCACUCGAAAUCGAUGAGCUCUGAACCUACGAAAAAAUGGUGCGAUUGAAACACUAACACAUGUAUCCAUAAUACAGGCUGAAAGUAACUACUGGGGAUCUUUGAAUCUUAGAGCAGUAGCUAAUAAAAUUCCCAUAUCUGCGCCCUGUAUUUCCAUGAUUCUAACAUGCUGUCACUCAAUGUUUUAGGGUUUUCCCUUCCUCUUUACUUUAGUUAAGACUUAUCUGUCCUUACGCAGCCUUCGGGAAAACAACCUUAAGUAACUUUUAAAGGUAAACAGAUUUCAAUUGAUUUCAAUCCAUCAAAUGACCUUGGGUACGUUUGGGCUUUUAGGUGUAUGCUACAUGAUAACAUGCAAGGUCAGUCGAGCGUUUUUUAAGCUGAACCCCAAGUCGCGAAUAGCAGCCCUCAAUGUGCAGGAUAAGUGGUAAUUUGCUAGCAUACACCCUCACCUCUGAAAGGACUCUAGGCUGCUGCCAAUUGUAAUACACAGCGGUUGUCAGCUGAUCUACCGCCGAUGCGCGCUAUGCAAUUUAAUUUGCAGGUUGACUCAUUCAUGCAUCCACCCAUCUCGUCAGUUGGCGUCCAUAUUAACUUUCAUCUGGUCCCUAUAUGCUGUGAGGGGGUGGCCUAGAUUGGCAACGCUUCUGAACCAAUUAAAUUCAAAUUUCCGUCUUGCCACCCUCAGCGCGGUCGCUAUUGGCCCUAAAGCAGUAGAAAGGCGGUCCCUGUUACUGUAAAGCGAAGGCACGAGUAGAAUUCAGCUCUCUUUUCGUUAAAGUUGCAUGUAAAAGCGCAAACGUACUUUCGAAUGAAUUAAAAUUAGCCUUCAGGGUAGUGAGCAUAAAGAGAUUUGUGGAAAUCGCGUGACGCAGAAUCACCUUUAAGGCAAAAGACUCCCGACGGUCCUUUUCACCAUCUUCGUGCAUAAUACCAGCUGAAAUUCGCUCGAUAUGAUAUGCUUGCUUUUCCAUCCGACAUCACUGCAGCCACCUAGCGUCACUUCUUCAAAGCCAUUACCUGGAUGCUUUGAAACACGAUGUCCCUGACAUACAUUUGAGUGAAGCCGACAGGAUGGACCGGACAGGAUGCAUUGGUGCCACCGGAUUUUAAGACUUCUUGCUAAACCGCUAAAUGCAUUUGCGAAUUUUUCAGUUGGAGAUUUCGAAAAAAGACUUUAUUAGUUAAAAAAAGCAAUAUAUUGUAUAGAAGGUUUGCAAUUUGGCGAUCUUCUGAGAUGUUUCUUGGCCUGCUUACGAAGAAUGCUAAUUGUUCCAGGUACCGUACGCUACUUUAUACUAGUUACAAUGGAUCCUCCUUUUGGAAAUCAACAGUUGCUAUCGGAGAGCAAGUUUCAAGAACUUUUGAAAUCUUGCGAACAUGCAACAAUUCGCAGGUUUCUGAGAAUUAAAAAUGCCAGCGACUAUAAUUGUGCAUAUUCUGUAAAGUGAUCAUAAAAGGGGAAUCUGCCAAACUUUCACGUGGACAAUACUGCCCCAUAAGGAAUAAAUUUUUUCAAACCUAGAUAACCUAAUUCACGUUAGCCCAUGAAGAAAUUUUAUCAGGCCGAUGUUACAUUCUAUCCAAACUCUAACGAGCUUACACGUAAAUCCUGUCCGAUGUCUUUAAAUGUGUUACCAAGUAAAAAGGGAUUUCCGUAGAGGAAUUGUAAAACUAAAACAUAUGAGAAGUCGUAUCAGUCUAAUGCGUGCACUGUGGUAUGGCGAAUUUCAAUUGCGAUCUUCCCACCUGAUGUCCAUUCUUUAAUUUGUGAAAAUACUCAUUAAGAAACCUCUAUGUUGGCUAUUCUGCCUAGAAAGACUUAAAAGAAAAGUGAUACGUUGCGUUUCUGCAGGAGAAUGGGACAUCUGACUCAGAAAAUCGACUCAAACUUUUUGGAAUGUUCACUUGAAUGUGAGUGCGAGUGAAAAUCUGCGAGCUUUGUUGAGGUGCGACAAAGAUCUACCGCAAACCUGCAUCAGUAUUGUGCCAGGAUAUUACUACACGACAGCGACACCUUGAGAACCCCAUGUGAACGCUCGUAAUUUUUAAAAAUACGGUAACUGCAUAAGCACGUUAGAGGUGUAAGUUGCUAUUUAUUUAAAAUACCAGGUUUUUUAGACGACCUAAUUUUCAUAAAAACUCUGAAUUACCAACUUUUGGUCAUCCAAAUUAAAGUAAUCGAUUUAUGUCCACAGAGAGAAUCAGUAGAUAAACCAUAUUGUGUACUGGGCGGCUUUAUUGAGUGAACUAGGCGUAGGUGGUUGGAACUAUUCGGAAUGCACAGCCAGUGCGUAGUGUUCCAUAAAUUUAUAUGAAGAUAUAUCAUAUAAAAAUUCUUACGGCAGGGUAUCGGAAAUAAAAAUUGGCACAGGUGGAAAACGUCCGUCGCCCGACAAGGUCGAACAGUCGACCCCCGCACUCACGUCUGGUACACCACCACCUGCUAGACUGUUGGCAACGUGCCUAUCAGUUGUGCAUAACAGUCGGCACUCCCCAUUUCUUGACUCACAAGGCAAACAUAUAAGCAGACUUUGUCUCAAUAUCCCCUUAGUAUUUGUCGAUCCAUCACUAUUAUUUCUCGCUUCGUAGCUUUGAAACCGUUUGUCCGUUAUCCCGUCUCUUGCUUUCGGAGUUCAUUUCUCUGCGAAGGCAAACAGAUCGGGUUUGAGCAUAAGCAUGCUCUGUCUUACGGUCAUACAUGCUGACGUGCUCAAAACUUCAUCAGCAUAAAUAAAGCCCCGGAUAACCAUCAACAGACACUGCCCGUAGGUACCGAAAUUUCCUGAUUGGAGCACAAAGAUGCGAUGAUAGGAUGCUGGCGCGGAAUGCCCAAGAUCCACGUCCGAUUCCCGUGUUGGGCACAACUUAUUGUCACAUUUUUGUUCAUAUAUUUGGCAAAAGCACAAAUUGGCAGUGUGCAACACCAUUUUUAGGCUUUAGUAGAGUCCAUACACCUCUUUUACGUCCACAACUUUCAGAGAAAACCAAUUCUCGUAUUAGAGGAUACAACUGCCGAGGAGCAGUUUCUAUUUGCAGAAUUAUUGAGUCAUUUCUGUUCCAUCCGCUGUCAACUAAAAAGAAACAUGAAUAUGAGACCUUUGAGAAAGGCACAGUAAUAUUCGGCACAUUUGCACGCUCGACAGUCGACAUCCACCCAGAAUUCAGACACCCUUAUCUUCUGCAGAAGGCUUCUCGCUACACUAGGGUACUCAUGUGAAGAACAAGUUUUGAACAGAAACGGUGCAGGGAUGAGUCACUUUAUAUACUACCUGAAUUGCAAAAAAUUGACACAUUUUGUUUUUACAUUCAGGUUCUUUCUCUGCUCCUUUCCAUCCUGGCAUUCGUACUGUUGGUUGUGUCCACCUUCAGCACAUUCUGGAUGCACGCAGAACAGACGAGAAUGGGCAUCAUGCAGGAAUGCUUUGAGAGGAAUCAGGAAGAGGUCUGCGUCCAAAAGGCCUGUUGCGAGGGUAAGACAAUUUCAAAACGUCUAGGGCCAGUUUCUCCUUCCUUCACAUGUUACCGACGACUAUGCUCAUUUUUGGGAUGUCGAUAUCAUCGAAACUAAGUAGACUGGAGUAAAAGAUGGGUUCAAUUCCUAGAGUCCCAACAAGCCUUAUAGAGGAGAAUCCUCACAUUAAGCAGAUUCCCCUCCCUUUUCCCCCUCCCUAUGCUUCGAAAUGAAUUAAUUUGCAAUAACUCCCUCUUCUGGCAUAUCUGGACCGCCUCAACCCUCUCUCUCACAACUACUGUUUACCGUCUGUUGUCAGUUUUGCUGCGCUACCGCAAUUUAUAUAACUUUGAGGACCCGACGAGGAUUAAUCAAAUGCGUAGCUUCGUCGAACUCGACUUCUCCAAAAAGUUGUCCGUUGGCUAUUAAGAAAGUGCCGGCGACAAUUAUUUCGCAGACUGAUGACUAAUCAAUAUAAGCCAGACGCUGAUGAUUUUAUAAAGAGAGGCUUGCCGGUUGAUAUUCUUACGAAAGCAUACAUGGGUGGCGUAUAGCUGUAGCAUAGAUCGCGGUAGAAUGUGAUGGGUGAAUCGGUUGAUAAAUUUGUUACGUAUAAUUCAGCAACAUCAGAUAUUUUGAAUAGAGGAUAAAAUUCAGUAAAUAUAGUUUCAAGGCGAGCCCUCACGCAUAAAAACAGAAGAACAACCAGCAUUCAGUGAAGGGCGGUAAAAACAGUCCGAAUUCAUAUGCAUCUCAUAUAUAUAUAUAUAUAUAUAUGUAUGUAUACAUAUACAUCAUAUACAUAUACUCAUAUACAUCUUCUUUCACGCUCUCAGCACCCUUCCUUAUCUGCAUGGUCCUGGCAAUCACGAGUCUUGGCCUCCUGUUCCUCGCAAUUCUUCUCUUCAUCUCAGCCCUACUGGUACUCAACUUGGUCGCCAAACGUCGUCUUUACAACACCACCAUUGCCUUCCUCGGGCUCGCAACUCUUGCCUACACCGCGUGCGUCGUCAUCCAUCCAGUCUUUUUCGCACUAGAGUUCUCCGAAAGCGGGAAGGUAAGUUUUGCGUGAUGGGUAGUGGCUUUUUUGCUGGAAACAGAAAUUCUAAAGAAACUGCAAGCCUUUUCGAUCCAACGGGAGCGAAUUUCCUAGAGCGUGUAUCGACUUCGCUCCAGACCUCCAGUCCUUGUGCUCUCAGUAUUUUCCUCAAGUAAGUAAACAGAAGACAAAGUGUUAGAUGAAUGAAAUUUCGGCCAUCCGGGUCGUUAACGUCCACAACAUUCCGGGGGGGGGCGGGAUAACUUGUUGAUGAAGCAGAUUCUAGUGACCUCGCUUACUGGUACUCACCCGUCGUGUCCCAGAUGGGAGGGUGUGGCUGGAUGCAGCAGUCGACUGGACAUUCUCGCCGUCCUCGUAAGCCACGCACAUGCUGAUCGCCGUACCUGCAUGAGCCCGGCUUUACUGACUUCCAAAAUCACAUCGGUAAGUUAGAAGAAGAAUAAUAGCAUCUCUUUGAAGCAAAUCACUCUAUUUUUCACAAAAACUCAUCCCAGUCAGGAUGGCUAAAAUACAGACGACUAUACAUAGGAGAACGCGGGUAGCAGAAUAAGAGCAUAGCUGUUAAUCUGACAAGAAAAGCCUUCAUUUUUAUAUCGGAGUCUCACUACCUGUCGGAAAUCUUGCGUGGGAUGGUAUGACUAAGUGUACAUAGGCUGGCUUGCGGUAGCAGAUAUGACGGAAGGCACGGUAAAUUUAGAGGAACAAAAGAAGACGAAGGCACGAUCACCGGGACGGUAGAUUUAUUGGUCUUGGCUUUCGACCUCGAACAGGAGUUCAUCAGAAACUGUUAGAGGGCAGCAACUUGUGAACAUUUAUAUCGUUGUGCCGUGAGGGGGAGGGAGAAUUACGUCCGUGGCUAGGUCUGGUUUGUGCUGCCUGGCCCACAAUGGUCCCCCGGCGUGGUGACGGCGUUUGUACUUCGCGGCGAUGUGAUCUGCGCCACCGGGCUGCGUGGGUGAAGCGCGUGACAACACGCAGGUAAAUCAAUGUGUCUAUUGAUGGAGUUGCUUUCCGACACCCACGCUUCCAACAGUUCUCGCCCCGUCUUGUUGCCGGCUCGCGCCAAUAUCCGCGUGCUGGCGAAGUCCAACUCAUGGCCCUCCUCCAGUGUGCGAGUCGCGACUUGAGAUAG